AUGUCUUCACAGUUGUCUUUUCAUAAUAAAGCAUCCUUACCACCGCAAGAGAUAAUCGAUCUGUUUAAAAGAACGUUUAAUGAUGAACUGUACGCAGAUGAGCAAUCCUUAGAGGACUUACACAAACAGAUUCAACAGGUUAAAUCACAUUUGUACGAUAGAGAAUACAUUACUGCUUUUGAUGACGAUUUAAAAAGGACUGCAUACUGUUGUAGAUGGUCGCCUUCAAGAGCCAUCAGCUAUGCUUCCCUGUUUGCCGAGUUCCCAGAAGUAGCUGACAUUAUAAAAUGUGCUAGCGGUGAGAAUAAGUCCGUGCUAUGUGUGGGAGGUGGUGCUGGUGCAGAACUCGCAGCCAUUUCCAGUAUUUUUGCUCCAUCAAGGACGUUCGAUUCUAAGUACAAGACUGGUACAGAUGACUCUAAGUCAAAGAAAACUACUCUAAAUGUUCAGUUAGUGGAUAUCUCUGAUUGGAGUAACGUAGUUACCAGGUUAUCGAAUGAAAUAAAAUCAUAUUGGCUGUAUAACAACGAACAUGAAUAUUUUAAUCUGAAAUUCACUAAUUGUGACAUUCUUAACACGGACCAGAAAGAUUUGAAGCUACCACAGCUUAAUUUGAUCACUUCCUUAUUUACUACAAGUGAACUAUUCAUGGAACAAAAAGCUGAAAGUAUACGUUUCUUCCAAAAAUUGAAUAAAUUUUGCUCGACAGGUUGCCUAUUGUUGAUUGUAGAGAGUGCAGGAAGUUACUCUCACAUCACUGUCGGAUCCAAGAAAUUCCCUAUCCAAUUCUUGAUAGAUACUAUUCUUGUAGGACAACGAGGCCACGAGCAAGAUGGACAAUGGGAGCUACUAAAACAAAAUGACAGCAUAUGGUACCGUACCAAUAAUCAACUCGACUACCCAAUCAAAUUGGAAAACAUGCGGUUCUUUUAUAGACUAUAUAGAAAGAAAUAG